GACUUCUGUCCAGCUGGUCUCUGAGUGUUUGUCCCAGGGCCAGAUGAAGGUUUCCUGUCUCUCUGAGAAAGGGGACAGUCCUCAGUACAGCUGGACGCUCGAUGGACACACACUGACAGACUCUGAAAUCUUCUCUAGAAAUAAUGUGAAUAAUAUCAUUAUUCUUAGAAGUACCAUCUCAGGACUUCUGGCCUGUUUAGUCAGAAAUCAGAUCAGUCAAUCCUUCAAGCAGAUGAGCUUAUUUAACUGUGGUGUGAAACCUUCCUGUGAUGGGAGAAAGGAUGGAGCUCAGUGUUUUGGAGCUCUGGGAAGUAAGGUGGACCUCACAUUGGUGGACAGCCCCUCAAAUAUUCCCGGAUUCCAGUUGAAAAAGAACAACUCAGUGAUACUCAUAUGGAGAAACAACAACAUUAUAUUUAGCAUAGAAAAGAGCAGAUUUUUCUUUUUUCCCCGGAACGGAACACUUAGGAUUCAUGUCCUGGGUAGGACUGAUAGUGGUCAAUAUAAACUUGACAUGUUUGAUAAAUAUGGGAAGGAAACAGGAUUUAGAACGCUGCAGCUGUUUGUUCAGGCUCCUGUCAUUUCUGCCCAGCUGGUCCCUGAGUGUUGGUUCCAGGGAAAAAUGAAGGUCUCCUGUCUGUCUGAAGGGGACAGUCCUCAUUACAGCUGGACACUGGAUGGACACACACUCCCAGAUUCUGAGCUCCUCUCUGGAAAUAACGAGAAUAACAUAAUUAUUCUAAGACAAAAUAUCUCAGGAAUUCUGGCCUGCUCAGUCAGAAAUCAGAUCAGUCAUUCCUUCAAACAGAUAAACCUCUCUGGCUGUGGUGUGAAAAUGAUCUGUGAUGGGAGACAGGAUGGAGCACAGUGUUAUGAAGCUUUUGGAAGUAAAGUGGACAUUCAACUGGUGGAAAAUGUCUCUACAAUCCCCAGAUUCCAUUGGACAAAGGACCAGUCAGUAAUACUCAGGUGGAUAAAUAACAACAUUUUAUUUCGUGCGAAAGAGAGCAAAGUUCUCUUUUUUCCUAACAAUGGAACAGUUAGGAUUAAGAACCUGAGCAGGACGGACAGUGGUCAAUAUAAACUUGAAAUGUUUGAUAAAGGUGGAAGACAAAUAGGACAGAGAACCCUUCAGUUCUAUGUUCAAGCUCCUGUGUCAUCUGUCCAGCUGGUCUUGAAGUGUUUGUCCCAAGGACAGAGGAAUGUGUCCUGUCUCUGUGAAGGGGACAGUCCCCAGUACAGCUGGAUGCUGGAUGGAUAUCCGCUGACAGACUCAGAAAUUUUCUCAAGAAAUAAUGAGAGUAACAUCAUUAUUCUGGGAGGAAACAUCUCAGGAAAUUUGGCCUGCUUUGUCAAAAAUCAGAUUAGCAGUUCCUUCAAUCAGAUAAACAUAUCUGGCUGUGGUCUGUCCACUUUGCUCGUUUUAGGACUGCGCGCCACUGUUGUAAUUCUACCAGUAAUUGGUGUAUCGCAAUAUUUCACUUGGAGGAGGAAGAAAAUUGAAAAAGCCAAAGAAUCAGCGUUCUCACAAAUAACUGAGGAUCCAGAGAGCUCUGCUCUCAUGAUCGAAAUGAAAAGUUUUGAGCAAUGAAAACUUACAUUUAUGUGACAAUAGAUUUUGGAAGUGCAAUUAAAAAAAGCUAAAUUUUCAAGAUAUUUUGAAACAUUUCCUUGGUUAAGUGGCUUUUAAUACAUAAUGUAUAAUAUUUUGUCUGUUUAGGUGGCGUUUGUGCGUUGGCAUUUUCAUUAUAAUACACACUGCUGAUGUACCUACCCGUGUUCAUUUUAUAUUUUGUAUGUGCAGUUUAAUGUUCAUCUGAAAGUAUAUCUUAGUGUAAAUAUCUUUAA